CAAUUCACUGAUUUCGAACUGGAACCCCACCAAGAAUGUACUUACGACCAUAUUGCCAUUUACGAUGGAGAAAAUGCAGAUUCAUCAACCCUGGGCCGUUUCUGUGGCAGUAAAGUACCACAUCCGAUUUUAGCCUCAUCCAAUCGGAUGUACAUGAUUUUCACCUCUGAUGCUUCUGUACAGAGGAAAGGGUUUAAAGCCACCCACUCCACAGUGUGCGGUGGCCGCUUAGUGGCGUUACCGUCAGUGGAACACCUAUACUCGCAUUCCAAAUAUGGAGACCAGAACUAUGACAACAAAGAAGAUUGUGACUGGAUUAUACAAUCCGAGGAAGGUACAGGUGUUAGACUGAGAUUCUUAACAUUUGAAAUCGAACACGAACAAGAUUGUGGUUACGACUUUGUAGAAGUAUAUGACGGGUACGACGACUCGGCACCACAUCUGGGCCACUUCUGCGGAAAUAAACUUCCUCCAGAGUUUGUUUCUACUGGUAAUAGCCUGCUGCUGAGAUUCAGGUCGGAUGAUACCAUUAAUGUUAAGGGAUUUUCGGCAGCCUAUCUGACCGUCAGAGAUGUAGGAGGAGGCGAGGAGAUGGUACACAAGAACAAGUCGUUGUUACAAAACUGACCAACGUUAGUAGCGUGUUGUAUCUUAUCAAAAAUGUAUAUUUUAGAAUUCGUUGUUCCAAAACUAACGAACGUUAGUAGCUUGUUGUACCUUAUCAAAACUGUAUAUUUUAGAAUUCGUUGUUACAAAACUGACCAACGUUAGUAGCUUGCUGUAUCUUAUCAAAACUGUAUAUUUUAGAAUUCGUUGUUACAAAACUGACCAACGUUAGUAGCUUGUUGUAUCUUAUCAAAACUGUAUAUUUUAGAAUCCGUUGUUACAAAACUAACCAGCGUUAGU